GCGCAGUGCGGGCGCGAGCAGCCGUUGGCCGGGCGACCGUCCGCCGCGCGCCCGUGACCGGCGGGAGGGGACCGGACCGGCCGCUGCCGCGCAUGCUCGCCGUCCCCGCCACCGAGAUAGGGCGGUCCCCCGGACCCGGGGCCGCUGGGGAAUCGAAAGCGGAUGUCUUGCAUUCCGGGAAUUUCCACCCAAGCAUCACAUUGAACUGUUCCGCGGAUCUGCAUAGGCCCGUCGUUACCCCUUUGACCUCUGAAAGAGCAGAAACAACGAUCGGCUCCUCAGUCUCUGGGUGGACGCGCCCGGUGCUUCUGUGAGCGCCCGGGUACAGAGACGUCGACCGGAGCAUUGACCUGACUGGAGAACAUUCUGCCCGCCCUUCCGUCCCCACCGGCCAGGACAGAACACAGCGUCGGAGGUCGGCUGGGGAGAGAGCAGCCGGACGUCUGCCUGACCAAGGUGGGAGGCCACGGACCGGCUGACCGUCCCGAAAGCGGGAAGCGGACACUCGUGCGCCCCCCCGAUCAGGUCCCGGCCCUGCUCGAGAAUGCUGCCGCCUUCACCCCGGGUGAAACCGUUCCGCUGCUCGGACUGCGGGAAGGACUUCAGGCGCUCCAACGACCUGAUCACGCACCAGCACGUCCACACGGGCGAGCGGCCCUUCGUCUGCGCCGAGUGCGGCAAGGGCUUCACUCACCCGACCUACCUGGCGAACCACCGGCGGGUGCACACCGGGGAGCGGCCCUUCACCUGCUCGGCCUGCGGCAAGGGCUUCGCCCAGUCCUCGGCCCUGCUGCGGCACCGGUGGGUCCACACAGGUGAGCGGCCCUUCGCCUGCGCCGAGUGCGGCAAGGGCUUUGCCGACCCCUCCCACCUGCUCGACCACCGGCGGCUCCACAGCGGCGAGCGGCCCUACGCCUGCCCUGUGUGCGGCAAGGCCUUCGCCCUGUCGUCCUCCUUCCUCCGGCACCAGUCCACCCACGCAGAGGACAAGCCGUUCGCCUGCUCGGCCUGCGGAAAAGGCUUCACCUGCAGCUCCAGUCUGGUCACCCACCAGCGGGUGCACACCGGCGAGCGCCCCUUCGCCUGCCCCGACUGCGGCCGGGGCUUCAGCCGCUCCUCCCACCUGGCCACCCACCAGCGCACCCACACGGCGGAGAGGCCCUUCGCCUGUCCGGCCUGCGGUAGGGGGUUCACCCUCCCGGCCAACCUGCUGAGGCACCAGCGGGUCCACACCGGGGAGAGGCCCUUCGUCUGCCGGGCCUGCGGCAAGGCCUUCGCCCAGUCCUCUAACCUGCUGCGGCACCAGCGGGUCCACAGCGGCGAGCGGCCCUUCGCCUGCCCCGAGUGCGGCAAGGGCUUCGCCCAGUCCUCCCAUGUCCUGAGGCACCAGCGGGUGCACGCCGGCAGCGGGGAGCGGGGUUUCAAGUAGGCCCGUGAUUAUUGCCAGCACGGCUCGGGUCUGUUCUGUUAAUGGCAUUUCUCCCCUUUCCUCUCCUCUCCUCUCCUGUUCCUCUCCCUCCCCUCUCCCUCACCGCCCCUCUCACCUAUCCUCCCCUCCCCACCCCCUCCCCUAUUCUCCCCUCCCCACCCCCUCCCCUAUUCUCCCCUCCCCACCAUGACUGCGCUGGGCUAGAGUUUCGCAUCCUGGAUCUGUGCUGAAAUAAAUUGGUUUGGUUUUAAACACGGUCCUCCAGCCCUUAAGUACCUCCCAGGACGGAGGGAGACACACACACA